AUGAUUUUCUUCCUUGUUAUUCUUCUCUCGUUAUCAUGGUUUCUAUCAAUCCAUGCGUUCUAUGUCACAAAUGCUGCGAUACUCCAACAAUGUCCCAAAGUAGCAGAUGUUUACUUGAGCAAAUUUGAUUCAAAGAAAUUGAGCUGCCAUAAAAACGCAUUACGACACCUCACUUUUACCCUUACUUAUACAUGUCAAAGUAAUAAAUUAACAUCUACUUGGGCACUGAAUUCCAAUGAUAAGAGAACUCUCAAAUGGCCAACGGAUAUAUAUGUUCGCAUUGAUUUAAAUUAUAAAUCUUUCGAUCUAUCAAAAGAACCUGAAAAGAAUCAGAUCGUAAAACUUGUGGAUGACACGAUAACAAUUAAGCCGAAUGUUCAGCGAUUCUCGGGAUAUAUGUGGACGAGUUCAUCUGAUGCGCCGUAUUGUCGUUUUAGUUUUCUAGUAGCAAAAGAGUGUUCGGGAACUGUUAAAGUUGAUCGCAAGCCAAUACUGGAAGGUUUGGUCUGCUAUUAUGGACAGAAGACAUUUCAAAUGAACAAUCAGAAUCAAAGAGAUGACUUUACUAAGCUGAUCGAUGACGCUAUCAAAUCCAGUUCAAAUUCGUCAUCUGCUAGUUCAGUCAAUAAUAAUCUACAGCCAUUGACGGACAACGCAAAAGAGCCUGGAGAGACGUUUUGGAAAAAGUACAAAAUAUUCAUUUUCAUCGGUGGUGGUGUUAGUCUAGUUGUGAUUCUGGCUGGUGUCGUUAUUUGGUAUUAUCGAUCGUCAAACAAUAAUUCUGAGCGAAGAACAUCCACUACUUCAACUAUCGUAUAA